CUCAUCAUGGCCGACUAUGCUGCCGGUGUUGUCGCAUCCGUAGUGGUGCUCGCCGUGCUAUACAAGAAAUUCUCGUUAGCGAAUGGCAAGAAUGCCAUUCCGUUUCCACCUGGACCUCCCGCCCGUUGGUUCUGGAGCAAUGCUUUACCUUCUGUCAAUAUUGCUCGUGCGCUGACCGACCUAGUCCGGGAGUAUGGGCCUGUGGUAUCGUUCCGACAAGGCAGCCAAGUGAUCGUUGUCAUCGGCAGUGUUGAGGCAACCACAACCAUCAUGGAGGCAGAAGGUAGAUCCCUAGUAGAUCGUCCUCCGUCUAUCGCCGCGGGCGAGAUGCUCUCAAAUGGGAUGCGUCUUGUCAUGGCUCGUUCCGGAGAACGCUUCCGGCGUCUCCGCAAAGCGGUUCAUACCUAUCUCCAGCCCAAGACGGCAGAGGCAUACAAAGAUAUGCAGCACGAUAAUGCAAGAAAAUUUGUAUUAGACAUCCUGAAUGACCCUAAGAAUCACCAGAAGCACGCAGCGCGGUAUUCAGCAUCGAUCAUUCUUCGGGUGACUUAUGGGAAGUCUACACCAACUACCUACACUGAUCCCGAAGUUGUCCGUAUCUACAAAGUCCUCGAUCAUUUCGGACUUGUGAUGCGCCCGGGAGCUUAUCUCGUCGACCGUGUGCCUCUUUUGCGCUACUUGCCUGGUUACGGAAAGCAACUUACUGAGUGGCAUAAUGAAGAACUAAGUCUAUACAGACAUCAGUUAGGGCGCGUCAAGAGCGAAAUAGAACAAAACACAGCGGAUCCCUCUUUCACCAAGACACUGUUGGAACACGCCGAAGAUCACCAACUUGCGACAGAUGAGAUGGCUUAUCUCGCCGGAACACUCUUUGGUGCGGGAGCUGAUACAGCAAGCUUGGUUCAGACCACUGUAGGAAUCACCGCUGCUAUUAUGGCUGCGGCGUGUCACCCGCUAGCUCAGGCAAAGGUGCACGAAGAGCUCGAUAUGAUCAUCGGAUCAGACAGAGCACCAACAUUUAAAGACUCGAGCUCGCUUCCUCAAUUGCACGCGUUCCUGUUGGAAGCCUUGAGAUGGAGACCUGUCAUUCCCAUAGGAUUUCCCCAUCGCGCAACUCGGGAUAUUAUUUGGCAAGGAUAUCGUAUUCCUGAGGGUGCAACGGUCUACGGAUGUCAUUGGGCAAUCUGUCGCGAUCCAAUUGCCUUUCCAGAUCCUGAAAAAUUCGAUCCUCAACGCUGGCUUGAUUCCGAAGGCCGCCUUAAGGACGGUAUGAAGUCUUUCACCUUUGGCUUUGGUAGACGGGUAUGUCCCGGCAGGCAUCUCGCAGAGAAUUCAAUGUACAUCGGCCUCGCACUUCUCUUCUGGUCUUUCCGCAUUGACCAACGAUCUGACGCUCCAAUCAACACGCAGGCUAGUGAUAGUGUUGUUUCUCGUGCGGCGCCAUUUGAAAUUGAUGUGAUUCCACGGAUCGAAGUUGCGAGGUUGAAGGAGAUGAUGGCGGACGAGAGUAUGUAUUGAAGAUGUCGUGUUACUAUUCGUACUCCUGUCAUUGCGGGUUUGUUCAUUUUACUUGUGAAAAUCCGACCCCGAAGGCCUGACGAUGCUACUGUUUAUUCUUCUAUCAUUCACACCGUGACUAAUGGUGGGCUCGUUCGCUUUACUUCGUAUGAAAAUUUACAUAUAACGGUCCUUGUUGGUUCAUGAAGCCCACCAAGCAGUAGCUGGUACCGUCGUCGACAAUGUUGCCGUCGAAUUGAAGUGACUCGAGG